AUGCUGCCACAAUGGCUCCAUGCAUGUAUAGACCCGUGCACAUGUCUGUCAACCCUAACCCGGGCCGCACUGGAGGCCCGUCGCGCUCGCCGCACGUCUCCUCCUUUUAAAAAACCACCCGCAGUUCGCAUCCUCGAAGUCGGACCUCGAGAUGGCCUCCAGAAUAUCAAAAAGACAGUCCCAACUGCAAUCAAGGUUGAGUUGAUUAAACGGUUAGCCUCAACUGGUCUCAAUGCCAUCGAAGCCACGUCAUUUGUUUCGCCCAAAUGGAUUCCCCAGUUGGCAGAUGGCCCAGAGGUCAUGAGCCAGGUGUUGCCCUUUACCCAACAGAAAAAUAUCAACACGCCUGUUCUAGUACCUAAUAUCAAGGGUCUCGAGAGAGCUAUUCAGAGUGGAGCAAAAGAGGUUACUGUUUUUGUUUCGGCGACAGAGGGGUUUAGUGUGAAAAAUACGAAUUGUACGAUUGAGGAAGCAGUGAAAAGGGCCCGGGACGUGGCAGCGAGUGCACUGAAACAUGGUAUUGCAAUCCGAGGAGCCGUAUCCUGCAUCUUUGCUUGUCCCUAUGAUGGUCCAACAGCCCCAGCAAGCGUCUUAGACGUCGUGAAGAGUCUAUUGGAUAUGGGUUGCUACGAAGUCAGUCUUGGGGAUACCAUCGGAGUCGGCACGCCCAAGCAAGUUCAGACACUGUUGGAGCUUCUCCUGAAGGAAAUCCCAGCAAACAUGCUGGCGGGUCAUUUUCACGACACAUACGGUCAAGCUGUUGCAAAUGUGAUCAAAGCAUAUGAUAUGGGGCUUCAGACUUUCGACAGUAGUGUGGCUGGUCUAGGAGGAUGUCCGUAUGCCAAGGGCGCGAAAGGAAAUCUGGCUACGGAGGACAUUGCAUAUACAUUUGAGAAGUUAGGAGUUUCUACUGGAAUCGACUUGGAGAAGCUGGUUGCGGUCGGCGAAUGGAUCUCCCAAUAUCUAGGCCAGCAAAAUGGAAGUCGAGCAGGUUCAGCACUAUCUGCCAAAAAAGAAUCAGCAACGGUUUCUUCGGUGCAGCCAUCUCAACCAAAAAUUUCCAGGGAGUGGGAGAAAAUCGAGGAUAAGGGAGACUAUUCCGUCUUUCGCGCCAGAAACGUCGUCAAAAUCCGCCUGACCCGACCGCAAAAUGGAAAUGCUAUGACUAGCGAGAUGGUAAAAGGUUUAACACAAAUAUUUACAAACCUAGCCAGUGAUCCAUCUGUCUUCCACGUUGUCAUCGAAACAGAAGGCAAGUUCUUCUGCACCGGCAUGGACCUUACUUCUACUGCGACCACGAUAACUUCAGACAACUCCGCCAAAUCCAACGAUUUUUCCAAACUUACCGCGCUCUUCUCCGCCAUUGACAUGGCCCCGCAGACAACGAUCGCCAAGAUUGAUGGCCCAUGUUUUGGCGGUGGGGUUGGACUCGCGUUUGCCUGCGAUAUUCGCCUGGUGUCGUCACGAGCCCGCUUUACCCUUAGUGAGAUCAAGCUCGGGCUGAGCCCUGCCGUAAUAUCUCGAUACAUGAUACGAGAAUGGGGUAUACCGUUUCUGAGAGAGGCUAUGUUAACCGGCCGGGAGGUGAUGCCUUCAGAAUUACAGCGAAUAGGCGCGGUUCAUGGAAUUGCCGACGGUUCAACUGCACUGGAUCGAUUGACGGAAGAUUGCUUAGAUAGGUUGAUUAAGUGCGCGCCUCAAUCGGCAGCAGCUUGCAAGAAUUUGGUCAGAAUAGGAUGGACUAAUCCUGGAGGUAAGUCUCAGGAUGAGCUCGUUAUGAAAACGUUUGAUUGUAUGAUGGCGCCUGGCUCAGAAGGGGUGUUUGGGAUUGAGGAGUUUCAGAAGAAGACGAGGGAGAUUAACUGGGGUCAUUUCUGGGCUGCGAAAAGGGCCAUGUCAUGA